ACUGUCCUGACUGCAUAGCUUUAUUAUUUAUCGGGCUGUUAGCAACCGUUAAGAGCAGAUAACUGGACGGAUAAAUUCGAUAUAUGUAAAUUUUCAUAGGAUAAUUUAUCGGAAUUUUGGAAUAAAAUCUUUCAAUUCAACAAAAAAAACAUGCCGGUAGAAAAAAAUCCUCUUCCAAAUCCGUCUAAGAGGAAAGUCCGGCCGUCAACUGCACCAUCCAAUAUACAAACUCAUCCAUCCUAUCAGACUGGUUUGUAUCAUAAUACGGCUAGACCAGUAACAGCUGGCUUUGGUGAUACUUCAAGACCUAGUUUGGCUGGUGGUUUGCGACCAAAGACGCAGGCUUCAGGACCAAGGCAGAAUUGGAGAUUGACGAAAAAAACUAAUGAACAGCCUAAAUUAUAUUUAAAAAUUAAUUUGUUUUCAUUUUUUCCUUUGCUUCCCUACCCCGUGAAACCACAACAGACGCAGACAGGCCAAAAAGCUCGUCGAUUGACUGUAGGUGGCGUUGAUGGUUAG